AUGUGUUCGCGAAUGAGGAAUGGUGUUAAUGGGACAUGGCAGUUCGCAGUGAGUCAAUCGGAUAAUGGAGUAGCGAAAAGUUAUGUUUUCGAUAUGCGAAAAUCCGAAUUUGUUAUCAGUGAUGAUAUUAAUUCAAAUCAAUUCCGGCAUAUACCUUUCUCCUCACAACAACUGCAAAAUAUCUCAGGUGCAAUCAAAUGGUUGGGAAUCAUUGGCAUUGACAACAGCGAUCUCAUAUUGGUGUUUCUUUUCGAACAACGUACCAAAAAGUUUUAUUUGGUGAUGAUGAAAGAUGAAAAGGAAUCGAUGAAAGUAAUCGAAGAGCAUUUCGUUUACAUUGAACGAAUCGUUGAAUUAACACAAGCACUGAUUGUGAAGGGUGAGUAA